CGAUUUGCACUACAGAAAUGGCAAACCGUGGUUACAAAUUGCAGGAAUUUGUGGCGCAUUCGGGGAAUGUAAACUGUUUAAGAUUUGGUAAGAAGACACGUAGACAGUUUCUGACUGGUGGAGAUGAUCAAAAUGUGAAUUUUUGGUCUAUUGGUAAACCAACAUCCACUGCGAGCCUAAGUGGUCACACAAGUCCAAUAGAAUCUGUAGCUUUUGACUCUGCAGAGGUUCUAGUGCUUGCUGGAGCUUCAUCAGGUGUAAUAAAGCUAUGGGAUCUGGAAGAAACAAAAAUGGUUCGCACUCUUACUGGACACAGAUCGUAUUGCACUGCCUGUGAAUUCCACCCUUUUGGUGAAUUUUUUGCAUCUGGAUCUAUGGACACUAAUCUUAAGAUAUGGGAUAUAAGAAAGAAAGGAUGCAUCCACACAUACAAAGGUCAUACUCGAGGAAUAAGUACCAUAAGAUUCUCUCCUGAUGGCCGCUGGGUGGUUUCUGGUGGAUUUGACAAUGUUGUGAAGGUAUGGGACCUAACAGCUGGAAAGCUCUUGCAUGACUUUAAGUUCCAUGAAGGGCACAUUCGAUCCAUAGAUUUCCAUCCACUUGAGUUUCUUUUGGCAACAGGUUCUGCAGACCGUACCGUAAACUUUUGGGAUUUGGAAACAUUUGAAUUGAUUGGAUCUACCAGACGAGAGGCUGCAGGAGUACGAUCAAUGACCUUUCACCCGGAUGGAAGGACUCUGUUUUGUGGACUGGAUGAUAGCUUGAAGGUUUAUUCAUGGGAGCCUGCGAUGUGUCACGACUCUGUUGAAAUGGGAUGGUCGACUUUAAGUGAUCUCUGCAUACAUGAUGGGAAGCUUGUAGGUGGUGCCUAUUACCAAAACUAUGUUGGAGUUUGGGUUGCAGAUAUUUCGCUUAUUGAGCCCUAUGGAGCUGGUUUAAAUCCAGAGAGACAAAGUAACUUGGAGCAGAAACAGGAACACGUGGAGUGUCGUUUAGAAAGAGUCGGAAGCAACAGAAGUUCUAAUUCAAGUCUGCGCUGCACAUCACCUGACAUUGAUUCCAAGGAAAUAAAGAAUAUAUAUGUGGAUUAUGAAAAUCCAGUAACCAUUAAGAAAGUUACUUCUCAAUCACCAAAAGUGGUUCCGCCUUCAGAUUCUAAGGAAAACAAGAAACAGUCGAGUCAGAAACUUAAUUCUGUCGUUGGUUUACCUGCAAAAACUAAUGGAUUGCCAGUAGGUAAAUCAUUUGUCGUCCCCAGUGUGGUACCUCGUGAUAUUCCAGAGGAGAAAAACUUGGAUACUUAUAGAAGGGAAUCUAUUUCUACAACCAGUUUGAGUGGUGGUAUACCACAAAGGCCGUCUCACAUAAAGCGCCCAUCCAGAAACAACUUCGAUAUGGAGAAGAUUUCUGUGGCUCUUGAGUCUGAAUCUGCAGACAGUUUGCCAUGUACAGUAGAUUGUAAGAAGGAAUCAAAUAUUGAUAGCAGGCGUAUGGCAGAUAAUAAUUCCAGGGAACGUUCUGAGGAAAAAGAUUCAGCUGUCAAGCAUGGUGGAGAAAAGCUAGAGAAAACUUCAUUGCAACCACCGCUGAAGAAUCAGGAGAACCGUAACGUGGCUUCAGAAGGCAGGAAACAGUCACAUCCAGUUAGAUUUGUGAAUGGAGUGGCGGUAGUACGAGGAAGGACGCGCAGUUUGGUUGAGAGGUUUGAGAAAAGAGAAGGGUUGAACAUGGAUGAUGUCCACAAGCUGGAUGCACUGUCUGAUUCUAAAACUGAGGAAACAGUAGUAUCCCCUUUACCACCUUCCUGUUGUAAAGAUGAGGAACCCGAAACCUUUACUAAAAAAACUGAUGAUGAACCAGAAACAUCCCCUUUUACAGCUUCUCGUUUUAAAGCAGAGGAGGCAACACGCCCCUUGUUUUCAGCUCUUUCGGAAGCUGAGGAAGUAAAUAUAUAUGCUCUGCCAGCUUCUCAAUGUAAGCCUGAGGAAUUAGACACAUCCCAUAAGCCAGCUUCUCAGUUUAAAUCUGAGGAAGGAAGAACAACCCAUUUACCAGCUUCUCAUUUUGAAGCUGAGAAAGUAGAAGCAUCCCUUAUGCCAGCUUCUCAGUUUAAAUCUGAGGAAGUUAGAGAAUCCGAUUUACCAGCUUCUUGUUUUAAAGCUGAGGAAUUAGAAGCAUCCCCUAAGCCAUCUUCACGGGUUAAAUCCGAGGAUGUAAGAAAAUCCCGUUUGCCAGCUUCUCGUUCUAAAGCUGGGGAAUUAGAAGCAUCCCCUCUGCCAGCUUCACAGCCUAGACCCGAGAAUGCAAGAAGAUCCCGUUUACUAGCUUCUCGUUCUAAAGCUGAGGAACUGGAAGCAUCCCCUGUGCCUGUUUCUAAGUAUAAAACUGGAGCAAGAACAUCCCGUCUGUCAACUUUCCGUUCAAAAGCUGAGGAAGCUAAAACAUCACGCUUAUUGGCUUCUCGUUCUAAAGCUGAGGAAGCACAACCAGUCUGCUUGUUGUCUUCUAGUUCUAAUGCUGAGCGACCACAAUCAGCUCCUUUGCCGAAUACUGAUCAGCAGACUAUUGCACGGUGUGAGUCAGCUCAGAAUGAUGAUAUUGUUAUUGAAGAUCUUAUGCAAAGCCAUGAUGUGCUGCUAAGUGCGUUUAGAUCUCGUUUGACAAAGCUGCAGGUAGUUCGUCACUUCUGGGAACGGAAUGACAUCAGGGGUGCUAUAAAUGCUUUGAGGAAGUUGCCAGAUCAUUCUGUACAAGCUGAUGUUGUGAGUGUCCUCGUAGAUAAAAUGGAGAUUAUCAAUUUGGAUUUGUUUUCCUGCUUGCUGCCUGUACUGUUAGCCUUACUUGAUAGUAAGGUAGAAAGGCAUGCAAAUGUUUCUCUGGAGCUGUUGUUGAAACUUGUUGCGGUCUUUGGCCCCGUAGUUCGCUCAGCCGUUUCAGCACGUCCAUCUGUAGGGGUUGAUCUUCAUGCAGAAGAAAGAAUUCAGUGCUGCAGGCAGUGCUUUGCCCAUCUCCAAGAUAUACAGAAAACACUUCCUGCACUUAUAAGGAGAGGUGGUCUGUUGGCAAAAGGUGCAUUACAAUUAAAUCUCUUACUUCAAGAAUCAUAGUCCAGUUUAUCAUAUAUGCUUUUCCUAAUGGCAAAGCGAGACAACAGAAUGGAAGUUAGCUAAUGUACAAUAUUCUCGAACUGAUGGACUCUUUUUUCGACUCCCACAAUUUUGCUCCCCGGGUUUCCACGCUACCAUUUUCAACAACCUUGUAGUAGCGGAAAACAAGCUAGACGGAAAUGCAAUGUCUGUCCUCUGCCACCGCUGCAACUGGUUUGGGAGGCAAAGGUAAAAAAUUUCGAAAUAAUAUUACCUUUCGGUGGAGAGUAGCACGGCUAUCUUCAUCCAGUUACGGCUUGAACAUAUUUAAAGUUCCUGGCUGUAUGUAUCCAUAUGUAAGUUGUGUACAUGUAUCUGUAAUAGUAAAAAAUGGAUGAGAUGUGUACAUCAUUUGAUCAAUGAAACAUAUGUUCUUACGCCC